GCGAUAAAUGUGGUUGUCACGCGCUGUGAAGGAGCUUGGAAAUGACUCCAUCAACAAUGGCGACAUCCAUAUGUAUCAGCUGUUUAUGUUAUUUACUUUAGAAAGGCACAAGAACGGAUGUGAACACCAUAACAUCAACAAGGUAAUAAUGGAAGUACAGAGCCAACCACAGAAUCCUGGCUCUGUCACAGUAACAUGUGUUAUCAUGGACUGCAAGAGAGAAUUGCUGGAAACAGGUGAUCUCAAGACAGAACCUGUCACUGACACAGGUGUAAUCGUGGACUGCAAGAGAGAGUUGCUGGAAACAGGUGAUCUCAAAGAAGAACCUGUUACUGAAACAUGUGGAUUCACUGACUGUGAGAGGGCAUUGAUGGAAACAGGUGAUCUCAAGACAGAACCUGUCACUGACACAGGUGUAAUCGUGAACUGCGAGAGGGAAUUGCUGGAAACAGGUGAUAUCAAGAAAGAACCUGUCACUGACACAGGUGGAAUCACUGACUGCGAAAGAGCAUUGAUUGAAACAGGUGAUUUCAAGAAAGAACCCGUCACUGACACAGGUGGAAUCACUGACGGUGAGAGAGCAUUGAUGGAAACAGGUGAUAUCAAGAAAGAACCCGUCACUGACACAGGUGAAAACCUGGACUGUGAGAGAGAAUUGCUGGAAACAGGUGAUCCCAAGAAAGAACGUGUUACUGAUAUAGGUGGAAUCACUAACUGUGAGAGAGAAUUGCUGGAAACAGGUGAUCUCAAGAAAGAACGUGUUACUGAUACAGGUGGAAUUACUGACUGUGAGAGGGAAUUGUUGGAAACAGGUGAUCCCAAGAACCAUUCUAUUACUGAUAUAGGGGGAGACACUCACUGUGAGAGAGAGUUGAUGGAAUCAGGUAAUCUCAAGAAAGAACCUGUUACUGAUACAGGUGGAAUCACUGACUGUGAGAGGGAAUUGUUGGAAACAGGAGAUCCCAAGAACCAUUCAAUUUCUGAUAUAGGGGGAGAAACUCACUGUGAGAGAGAAUUGCCGGAAAGAGGUGAUCUCAAGACAGAUCGCAGUUGUCCAGCAAAGCAGUCUCACAAGUGUAGUGUGUGUGAGAAAACAUUUAAUAAAGCAGGUACUCUGCAGACACACAUGAGGAUUCACGGUGGAGUCAAGCCUUAUAAGUGUGGUGAAUGUGGGAAAGCAUUUACGCUUUCAACUAACCUGCAUAAACACAUGAAGAUUCACAGUGGAAUCAGGCCGUAUCAGUGUGUUGAAUGUGGGAAAGGAUUUAAACGUUCAGGAGACCUGCAGAAACAUACUAGGAUUCACAGUGGAAUCAAGCCUUAUCAGUGUGUUGAAUGUGGGAAAGGAUUUGCACAGUCUGGUGUCUUGCAGACACACAUGAGGAUUCACAGUGAAGUGAAGCCUUAUCAGUGUGCUGAAUGUGGGAAAGGAUUUAAACAGUCAAGUGGCUUGCAAGCACACAUGAGGAUUCACAGUGGAUUGAAGCCUUAUCAGUGUGCUGAAUGUGGGAAAGCAUUUAUACACUCAAAUAGCCUUAAGUCACACAUGAGGAUUCACAGUGGAGUCAAGCCUUAUCAGUGUGUUGAAUGUGGGAAAGGAUUUAAGCGGUCAGGUGAUCUGCAGAAACACACAAGGAUUCACAGUGGACUCAAGCCUUAUCAGUGUGUUGAAUGUGGGAAAGGAUUCACACAAUCAGGUGAUCUUCAGACACACAUGCGGAUUCACAGUGGAGUCAAGCCUUAUCAGUGUGUUGAAUGUGGAAAAGGAUUUAAACAGUCAAGUGGCCUGCACUCACACAUAAGGAUUCACAGUGGAGUCAAGCCUUAUCAGUGUGUUGAAUGUGGGAAAGCAUUUAUACAUUCAAAUAGCCUUAAGUCUCACAUGAGAAUUCACAGUGGAGCCAAGCCUUAUCAGUGUGGUGAAUGUGGGAAAGGAUUUAAACGGACGAGUGAUCUGCAGAAACACACUAGGAUUCACAGUGGACUCAAGCCUUAUCAGUGUGUUGAAUGUGAGAAAGGAUUUACGCAGUCAAAUAGCCUAAAGUCACACAUGCGUAUUCACAGUGGAGUCAAGCGUUAUCAAUGUGGUGAAUGUGGAAAAGGGUUUACACAAUCUGUUCACCUGCAGUCACAUAUGAGGAUUCACAGUACAGAGCUCAAUCUAGCUACAUAUGAACACCAUAACAUCCACAAGGUAAUAAUGGAAGUACAAAGCAAACCAGAAUUGCUGGAAACAUGUGAUAUCAAGAAAGAACCUGUCACUGACACAGGUGGAAACACUGACUGUGAGAGAGAAUUGCUGGAAACAGGUGAUCCCAAGAACCAUUCUAUUACUGAUAUAGGGGGAGACAUUCACUGUGAGAGAGAGUUGAUGGAAAGAGGUGAUCUCAAGAACCAUUCUAUUACUGAUAUAGGGGGAGACAUUCACUGUGAGAGAAAAUUGCCGGAAACGGGUGAUAUAAAGAAAUGCCGUCCAGCAAAGCAGUCUCAUAAGUGUAGUGUGUGUGAGAAAACUUUUACAAAAGCAAGUAAUCUACAGACACACAUGAGGAUUCACACUGGAAUCAGGCCGUAUCAGUGUGUUGAAUGUGGGAAAGGAUUUAAACGUUCAGGCGACUUGCAGAAACAUACGAGGAUUCACAGUGGAGUAAAGCCUUAUAAGUGUGUUGAAUGUGGGAAAGGAUUUAAACAGUCAAAUGGACUGCAAGCACACAUGAGGAUUCACAGUGGAGUAAAGCCUUAUAAGUGUGUUGAAUGUGGGAAAGGAUUUGCACAGUCAGGUGUCUUGCAGACACACAUGAGGAUUCACAGUGAAGUGAAGUCUUAUGAGUGUGUUGAAUGUGGGAAAGGAUUUAAACAGUCAAGUGGACUGCAAGCACACAUGAGGAUUCACAGUGGAGUCAGGCCUUAUGAGUGUGUUGAAUGUGGGAAAGGAUUUAAACAUUCAGGCGACCUGCAGACACACAUGAGGAUUCACAGAGGAAUCAAGCCUUAUCAGUGUGUUGAAUGUGGGAAAGUAUUUACACACUCAAGUAGCCUGCAGAAACACAUGAGGAUUCACAGUGAAGUGACGCCUUAUCAAUGUGGUGAAUGUGGGAAAGGAUUUAAACGUUCAGGAGGCCUGCAGAAACACAUGAGUAUUCACAUUGGAGUCAAACCUUAUCAGUGUGUUGAAUGUGGGAAAGGAUUUGCUCUAUCAGGUGAUCUGCAGAAACACACUAGGACUCACAAUGAAGUCAAGCCUUAUCAGUGUGAUACAUGUGGGAAAAUGUUCACUCAGUUAGGUAACCUGCAGACACACAUGAAGACUCACAGUGGAGUCAAGCCUUAUAAGUGUGAUGCAUGUGGGAAAAUGUUUACUCAACCAAGUUACCUGCAGUCACACAUGAAGACUCACAGUGGAGUCAAGCCUUAUCAGUGUGUUGAAUGUGGGAAAGGAUUUAAGCGGUCAGGUGAUCUGCAGUCACACAUGAAGACUCACAGUGGACUCAAGCCUUAUCAGUGCGGUGAAUGUGGGAAAGGAUUUGCCCACUCAAGUACCCUGCAGACACACAUGCAGAUUCACAAUGGAGUCAAGCCUUAUAAGUGUGUUGAAUGUGGGAAAGGAUUUACACUAUCAGCUAACCUGCGGACACACAUGAGGAUUCACAGUGGAAUCAAACUAUAUCAGUGUGGUGAAUGUGAGAAAGCUUUUAGACGGUCACAUGAUCUGCAGUCACACAUGAAGACUCACAGUAGAGUCAAGCCUUUUCAGUGCGGUGAAUGUGGGAAAGCAUUUACACUAUCAGCUAACAUGCAGACACACAUGAGGAUUCACAGUGGAGUCAAGCCUUAUCAGUGUGUUGUAUGUGGGAAAGGAUUUGCCCACUCAAGUAACCUGCAGACACACAUGAAGACUCACAGUGGAGUCAAGCCUUAUAAGUGUGUUGAAUGUGGGAAAGGAUUUGCCCACUCAAGUAACCUGCAGACACACAUGAAGACUCACAGUGGAGUCAAGCCUUAUAAUGACUUGUGA